ACCACUUGCACAUUGUUUGGUGAUUAGUCGUACCGGAAGUACGUAACUUCGGAAUUUCGAAAUCUAUAUUGACUGAAACAAAAGGCGGGCAGAAUUUCCAAAUCCGCCAUUGUAACUAGGGUAAAUAAACGCAUUUUAGAUUGACGAUGGUGAACAAGAAUUGCAUGUACGGGGUUUGUAAGAGUGACAGUAGGUACCCAGAGACACUCGCGGAGAAGGAUGUGUACUUUAUUCCGUUCCCAAAACCAUUACGGAAUAGAGUGAAGUGUGAAAGAUGGAUACGAGCUUGCGGACGACAUGACUUGAACGUGGAAAAAGUGACAAAAUACAGCUAUAUAUGUUCACUUCACUUUGUAAGGGGAAACGGUCCGACUGAGGAAUAUCCGGAUCCUAUUCCUGCAGGAGCCUGUGAAGCUGAAAAGGAGAAUUUCAUGCUGCAGAACCGGAAAAGAAGGGCACCAAUAGACCGUCCCAGCCUUGUGUGUAGGAAGGUGAAAAAAACAGGAAAAUCAGCUGAUCAGAGAACAGUAGACCUAGAUCACUCUUAUUGUAUAGUUCAUGUUCCAGAUUUUGAAGCAGAGAUUGAACUAGGGCCUGGAGACGAAGGGAAGGUACAAGAUGACAUUGACACCACUAUCUUUACUGCUACUCCUCUACCUGUGGAAACAACAGAUUCAGGAUCUCAGACUUACCAUCCAACUUAUUCUGGCAGCAGUACAAAUGUCAACUUGAAGACCAUGAGAAGACAGUUAUUUGUUUUAGAUGUGGAAAAGAAGCCUAAAGCCUAUACAGGAAUGACACUGGAUGUCUUGAAACUUGUUUUUAGUCAUGUAGAGUUGAAGGCUUCUAGGAUGAAGUAUUGGUAUGGGUCAUCUAGGGUUGAUGACAGCUUCGACGAUACAGAGAAUGAUGUCAGUGGACAAAAAAGGGGAGCAUUAAGGGAGUUAAAACUUUGGGAAGAGUACCUGAUGAGCCUUGUACGACUGAGGAAGGGAUUGGACACAGAUGUUUUAGCAGAUAUGUUGUGUAUAAGUUCUUCAACUGUUUCCAGGAUCUUUACCACAUGGAUUGUGUUUUUGCGGAAGGAACUGGAUUUUCUUAUCAAGUGGCCCACUAAAGAACAAAUAAAGGAAAAUAUGCCAAAAUCUUUUAAGUAUUUCCCUAAAACCAGAGUAGUUAUAGAUUGUACUGAAUUUUUUGUUCAAAAACCCUCAUUACCUUCUGCCCAGAGAAUCACUUGGUCAAGUUAUAAGCAUAAUAAUACAUUAAAACUUCUGGUAGGUAUAACACCAAGUGGUUCAUUCUGUUUCUUGUCAAAGUUGUGGUCAGGGGCAGUUUCAGACCGCAGGAUUACACAAGCAUCUGGGUUCUUGGAAAUGUUGGAGUUUGGCGAUGAGGUUAUGGCUGACCGUGGAUUCACCAUAAGUGAUCUCUUGGCUUUAAAGGGUGCAACUCUUGCAAUUCCACCUUUUGCAAAUGGCAGACAGCUGAGCAGUAGAGCAGUUACAAGGACAAGGCGUAUUGCAAAUGCACGAAUCCAUGUAGAACGAGCUAUAGGAGAUAUCAAAUCUUUUCAGCUACUACAGGGCACAUUGCCUCUUACUCUUAAACCCAUCCUUGAUGAUAUUAUUUUUGUUUGUGGUGCUUUGUGUAACUUGCGGUCUAAACUUGUGAAGUAAGAACUCUUCAUUUUUACCAUCUUUAAAUAUAAUUUAGGUAUUUCAUGGCCAAAAACAGCUCUCACUUAAAUAAAACAGUUAAGAUUAUCACUAUUUCUGCAAGUUGAAGACACAAUGGACAAAUAAAUUUGCAUGUUCAGAGGGGACAGACAACACUUUGUCUAAAACAAAAUUAAACAAAUAAAGAACAAGAACAUUUUUUUUAAAUACUUACCUAUCCUGAAAAACAAUAGCAUUAUUAAGAAUACACCCUCAACACUAUCAGAAAGGUGCUCUUAGAUGGUAAACAUUUCUGCUUUAAUCUCCAGCUAACCUUUUUCUGAUAAGAUUACUAGUGGAAAGUGAUAUCAGUACAAAUAAACACUUUAAGGUAGUUCAGGGGUAUAGAAAAAAAAUGACAGAAUUUUCUUAUACUUUGCCAAAAUGAAGAUUUUACUAUGCUCUUUUCAAAAAAAUUAUAAAAAGUAUGGGUCACCUUGUUUUCUUGCUACAAGUAAAUAAACAGUUUUAAUCUGAUUUUCACCAAAAAGUAUACAGAUCGUUUGACCAUCAUAAGAAACAACUUUGUUAAGUUUCAUGAAAUUUGGAUAAGUCGUUCUCAAGUUACGGUGCGACAUGUUUACCCCAGACAGCCGCACAUUUGUAUACCAUAAUACGCCCAGUCAAAAUUUUGACGGGUAAAAAAAUGAAAUUUCUCUAUAUGUCCAGUAUAAAUUAUGUACUAAAAGAGUUAUCUCCCCUUAAAUGGCUUAUUUGAAUAAUUAGUUCUAAAAGCACAAACAUUUGGUAUUUGUUAAAAUAUUUUAGCUAAUGAAAUGCAUAACUAAGUUUUCUUAAUAUAAAAAAAACAGUGUAACCAAUAAAUUGCAAAUUUGGGCAACAAAAAAAAAACCGAUUAUUUACUGUGAUUGUACUAUUCAAGAUGGUGGUAUACCCCUGAACUACCUUAAAUCACCUAAGUCAUACCAAAACUUGAGGUUUACUGUCUCAAAACCUACAAAAACCAGUAUUUUAGAAUAAGUACAAAGUAUUGCAUAUGAAGUUAAUGAGCUGUGUUAUAUUUGUCAAUGAGUCAGUUGUUAAUACAAAUUCAAAUGAAGUAAAUAUAACCAACUAUACAUGUAUGGCACUGUAUAGUUGUUGAUUUACCAAAAACAAGAUUUAGGAAAAAAAUUAUCAGAUCCGGACAUUACACAAUUAUGAGCGAAAGCAACCAAUGAAAACAAUAAAGUUAACAUCCAAUUUUAUAGAACAAUGCAUAGGUAUCAUUAAAAAUGUGCUGAAUUUUCAAUAUAUGUCGGUAUGUGUAUUAAUUUUGUUAAAUUUCAUAUUUACUAUUAAACCUCCAUUCGUCGGCAAAAGGGUUAAACAAUAUUAAUUUAAUUGGGUCAAGUGUGUAUAUCUGAAUCGUUAUGAUUUCUCUACUUGGAUUUAAAAAUUUUAGGAUUAAUUCAAAAAGUAAAUUUGGUACAUUCUUAGCUAAUUAAAAAAGGCAUCAACCGAACAAGCUUGACAGUAAAUUAAAGGAUGUAACAGGGUAAACAUAAAUGAAGCAUCAACCCAACAAACAUAAUUAGAUAAACAUGAAUGAAAAGGGACACAUGUUAAACCUCAAUGAGGCAUCAAACCGACAACAAAAUUAAUACAACUUAGUUUUAAGGGCAUAUGAUACAGUUUUGAUUCCAUGAUGAAUGUUUUAUGAAAAUUUGGAUACAAGCUAUUUUUCACCUAAGCAAUUUAAAUAUGUCAGAAAAAAAUAUACCUUCAUGUGCUACUUUAAGAGACAAAAGGGGUAAAAAUUUAGACAUUUUCUCAAAAACCAGAUAAACAAUAGCAGCUUUUUGUAAAACAUUACGAAAAUCUUUAAAUAAAUAUGCUCUUAAUAAGUACAACAGUUCCUUGGAAAUAAUUAAUUCAGAUUUUAGGGAAAAAAUGGAUUUUUUUGCAGUAUAUUUAUCAAAUCUAAAAAAAAUGAAUGUUGACUUUUCAUUUAAAUUGGUACAAAUAAUCUUCAUACGUAAUCAAACCGAAUGAAUAUGCCAUUGUAAAAAAGAGGGGCCUUUCUACUCAUUUCCAAGUUAAGGUAGAUAGGGGGUCUAAAUUAAAAUCCAUAGAAUUUUUUGAUAAUUUGUCAAAAGGCAGUUCAUAUCAUGCUUUUUCCAAAAAUAUAAUAAAAAGUAUGGGUCACCGGGCUUUUUUUCACGCUACAGGUAGUGCAAAAUUUUCAGAUUUUGUAUAGAUUAUGCAUGGAAAACCCAAUUUUGUGUGAUAAAAAGAAAACUACACCAUAGAAUUUUAAGAUAAAAUAUGAGAAGAUAGCUCUUAUAAUAUGCUUUCAGAUAAGAAAAAGAAAAAAUGAGGUCACCGGACUCGUUUUCUUGCUACAUAAUAAAAUAGGUAAAUUCACAACACAUUCUAUUAUAAAAGUUACUUUAUCUGAGUUAUCUCCCCUUAUAUGGCAAAGUUGGAAAAAAAAUGAAUCAAACAAAAAUAUUCUGUUUUUUGUAAAAUACAGCCGUAAAUAUGAUAAAACACAUAAUAUUUUAUAUUAACGUGAAAAGUCUUACACAUGAAUUACAUACUACUCUCGAAAUUUGCACAUUUCUUUAAAGAUCUAGACCGAUUGUUAUCUGCUAUUUCAAAAUACAAGAUGGAGGAAGAAAACCUAGCUACCUUAAGUCAGUUUAAAUCAUAAAAAAAACAGUUGAAUCUGCAUCUUUUCCCGAUAUGUCACAGUUUAACGUCGCAAAAAUAACAUUUUACGUUAGCAAAGUCAUUACCUCCCCUGUAACUGUAUCAUAUGCCCUUCAUGUCAGUAUGCAGUAUCAUCAGUAGACAUGGGUGUAUUAAAAAUUACAAUCUUUUACAAGGUUUUAAAAAUAUCAUUGUAGAAUAUCAGUUGUAAUAGGUUAUAAUAAAAAGCCUUUGGUGAGUGAAAAUUUCUCCAGUUCUAUUUGUUUGUUUUAUAUAGUUUGAAAUUUUUGAUGUUGAUGACAAAGCCAGGACAAGCACAUGGUUCUUCCUGAAUAUUCAUGAAACAAUUACCAUUGAAAAUUUAACAUACUAGACUGUUAUAAAAGCAGGAAUUACUCUUAAUUAGGCAAGAUAGAAAUCACACAUAGUCUGAAAACUGGUCAGUGCUUUCAAAAAUUUGGAAGAAAUCUAUUGAAAAUUGUUAAAAAUAUACUAAAAUACAUAAAUUCAUACAUCUAGCUAAGUGAACCCACCACCCAGAAGAAAAUUAAUCUUUUGCUUGAUAUUAAUUGUUUAAGUACCAAUAACCAUUAUUUUGAGUUGUAUAGUAUUUUGGAAUGAAAAAAAUUUAAUAGAUAUCAAACUAAUAUUUAGUAAUGACUUAUAGAUUCAAAUAUAUAAGAAAAUAUUUAAAGUACCCAUUGACCAAAUUUUAGAAGACUUAUUUUUAUUAGUUGUCUUUACUCACUAUUUCUAGAAGAAAUGGUGCAAUAUAAUCUGUAAAGAAGUUUUGCAGUUUCACCAGCAUUCUGUUAAAAAAAUCUUCAUCAAAGCUGACUUCUACAUGUUCUAUUCCAUGUUUGGUGUAGAAUACCAAAUCACACUUUCUCAUCUCCAUAAUUCCCAUUUGUCCUUGCACUUGACAAUAAUACUGUGAAGAAAAAUCAAUUUGACCAUCAGAAUUAGUUUUCAUGUGUAAUACAGAUUUAGCAGAUUUGUUUCUUAGUGAAAACGGACACUUAAUUUCAAUAAUCUUACUCUCAUGGCAUUUACAAGUGAUCACUCCAUCUGGACUGCAACCUAUACAUGGAUACUUCGGAUUUACCACCAAACCAGUUUCAGUUAUACAUUUAUUCCUUUUCAAUCCAUGAGCUGUUUGGUAUAGGUUCCUGGCUUUUGAUUCCUUGCGUCUACCCCAGUCUAAGGCCAUUUCUUGGAAUUUAUUCUUUACAGAAAGUGAUUCACUACCUAUAAUUCGGCUGCAAAUAAGAUCUGGGUCCUCAUUAUUCAUUAUAGCCUGAAAGUUAGAAGCAGUAAUUAAACCUUUCCUCAUAGUGAACCAUAAAUUGUUGCUACUCUGGCCCUGAGUUGCCUUUGAUAUAAGCAUCACAUCUUCUGAACUGAAUGAUAAGGUAGCCAUAAAUCUUUCAACUAUGUCCUCUUCAUUAUCAAUUAAACAUACAUACUUAUCUUUAAAAUACUUAGCCUUGGUAGGAAUUGUCAAGUCCUGUAUUGCCUCUGAAUAGUCCAUCUGUACCACAUCUACUGGUUCAUGGGGUAGAAAUUCUAGUGCUCUGGCCUCAGGAUUUAUCUUUUUAAAAAAUCACUUGAAUUAACCAAAGCAUUAAUUAUAUAUAUAUUUUACAGGAAAAAAAUAACAUCGUUGAUUUAAGAAUUUGAAGAAAAAUAUUAACUGAGAAUCUGCUGGACAAUGGUACAAGAUAUAAUGUAUAAUUUUUAUGUGAAUUUGGCAUUUUAAUGAUUUCUAUAUAUGAUGAAUUUUCUUAAAAGUAAGUUGUGAAAAAUUUGAAAAAGAUAAUUAAAUAUGAAAAAUUUACACAAUGUUUGAGGGUGUGUUCUUACUAAUGCUAUUUUUUUCAGAGUUGGUAAGUAAUAAGAAAUGGAUUUGUUGAUAUUUUUUGUUUUUUGUUUAUAAUUUUAACUUUUACCUUUACUGGCUUUGUGGUGUUUUGUUAAAGCCAGGAGCAGAACUUCAUUUUUUUAUAAACUGUCUUAAAAACCUUUUAAAUUAGUUUUGAAAUUGGUGAAUUGAUUGCAAAAUCCUAUCAAUGAUAAACUUGAAAAAAAUUCAAAGCAUAAAUUUCACAAACUAAAUUGUUACCUUUUCUAUACUAAUUUUUUUAGGAAUAAGAAUUAAUGUUGUUUAAAGUCGUAAAUUAAAAAGGUUACACAUGGUGCAUAUAUAUAUAUAUGUACUGCAGUGCAAAAAUUUUAAAAAAUACUGAUAUUGCAUUGAAUAUUUAAGAACACUAAUGCAGUAUUAAAUAAAGCUUUCACUGUUAAUAAAAAUUAAUUAUAAUAUGAGUAGUAUUUAAGCAUUAAAGUGUGUUAUAUUGUUUCAAAAAUGUCUUGCACAGAAAUAAUUAUUUUGAUUAAUUUUUUGCUGUUAAUAUUUUUGAAUUUGUAAAUGUUACUGUCCAAUUUUGUCAGUCCUUUAACUUUUCAAGAAUAGUUGGUGUAUGUUAUAACUAUGCACCAUGUGUAAGCACCAUGAUACCUAUUUGUAAUGGACACGAGUUCUGCUCAAGACUUCAUUUUGAGGUUUAAAAAUUAAAUAUAAUAAAGAUAUCUGUACAAUAUGAUUUCAAACCUCAAGAGGAGUCGCUAGAGGGCGCUGUACUUGAAUGUAUAGUGUAUCUACCAAUAAAACCGGUGGGCGUGUUGUUAAAUUAUUUGUUGUUAUACCUGAGCUAAUUUACUUGCAAACUGUUUUAUCUUCUCGUCUUCUGCAGCUCUGUCAACCAUCUGUCUAGGAUCAAAACUGGAUACUACAUGGUCUGCUGAUGAUACACAUGCUUCCAUCCUCCUAUUUUGGGAUAUUACAAUAUUUAAAUGUAUUUAUUGGUAAAGCAUUAAAUGUUGGCAUUGUAUGUAUUUAGGAUUUCAAGGUUUUCAGUAGUGACAAGAAACUUCAAGAAGCGACAAGAAGAAUAUUUUAGCGCCAAGAAGACUAUUUAGCGACAAGAAAAAUGAAAACAAAGUUCUUAUUAAAAUAACUUAUUCCUAAUAAAUAUAUAAAAAAAAUUUGCAUUGAAAUGUUG